AUGAAUAAAUACGUCUUCAAAUCAGAAAAAGAAUAUCUAAAAGCAAAACAAAAAUUAUAUCAAGACAAAUUGAACUUAAUUCUCACAGACAUUGAUCAAUUUUAUCGUAUUAGAUUAUCAGGUAAAUAAUUUUUAAUAAGAUACUUCUAAUAUCUAAUGGAGGUUAAUGAAAGAUAAUAAAGAGGUGAUAAUUCUUCAUUUUUUUAUGAAAUGGCUAAUUAUUUUAGAGAAUUCAACAUUAAAUAAUUUUUUCCAAAAAAAAUUUGGUAUUUCAAUGUUACAAGUAUAUAUUGUUCUAUAUGUAGAGUCUUUUAUAAAUAGUUUAUCUAAUGUCUCUGAGACUGAUAUUAUAAAUAUAUUCAUUCUAUUAAACUUAAUACUGGAAGGAAAGUUUAAUUAUUACUCAGAAUCAAUUAUCAAAGUACUCCAAUAUGAAGGAGGGAAUGUUAAAUUUCCAUUUGAAUUUGAUUACAUAAUAGGUUUUAAUUUCUAAGGCUUUUUAAAAUUAGUAAUCUAAGUGAUUCCAAAAUUAUAUCCAAUUUUAAAUGAUGAAGGUAAGCCAUUACAUUUUGAAUUUCGACAUGAAAUAAUUUUAGUAGGAUUAGGUCCUGAAAAUUAAAAGAAUUCUGUUGGUUAUUAUGAAAUAGAUAAAUAUUUUAGAAAUUAAUAGACUUCUCCUAAUUUUUUUGCUAAUAUGAAAUUAGUUAAAGAAAAAAUAAAUACAUCAGAAAUAAUUCCUCAUGCAACAAAAAUUGGAAUAAAACCUAAAUCUUGGAAGGAUAUAUUACUUCCAAGAGAAUUUUAAAUUAUUAAAUUAGAUUGUUAAGAUUAUGUAUAUAAUGAAACAUUUAAAAGAUGGAUUCCAGCUUCAACUUAAAUUCUUAUAGAUAACAAAUUAGCUAGAAUCAAUCAAUUUUCUAAUAAUCAUUUUUUAAUUUAAAAAUAUAGUCAAUAACCAUCUGCAUUCUAAUUGUUUAAAAUUAUAUAAAAUAUUCCUAAUUAUAAAGUCAAUCUAACAAAUGAGUAAUAAGAAAUUAUAUCAUAUAAUGGAGAUGGAUUAGUAAUUGGUAGAAGUGGUACAGGUAAAACUACUUGUGCCUUACUAAGACUGUUCACAACAGAUAUACUAUUUAAAAUUAGAAGUAAAUUAGAUUAAAUUAAUUAUUAAACUACAGAUAUAUAACUAAAUUAAUAAUAAAAAGAUUGUUAAUUAAAGACAGUCUUUGUUACAGCCAGUCCCUUAUUAGCUUGUUAAGUUAAAAGAUUAUAUGAUAAAUUAGUAUAAAAUAUAUAAGAUGUCAUUAAUAAUAAAAAGAGAUAGUAGAAAAAUUAGAUGGAAACAGAAAUGUAGAAUGAUUAAGAGGAUUUAGAUCAAAGUACUUAUUAAAUUAUAGAUGCAAUUAAAAGUGAUUAAGAAUAAUAGGAAUAUUAAUAAUUAAAUCAAGAAGAGGAAAUGGAUGAUUAAGAAAUUGAUGAAUAUGAAAAAGAAAUGGGAAAAUUCUUAAAGUUUUCUGAUAUUACUUAAUUUCCAAUAUUUGUAACAUUGAGAAAGUUUCUAUUUUUAGUUGAUGCUUCAUUAAUCAAUUCAUUUUUUACUAUUUUUGGUAAUAAAUAGGAUAGAUCAUCUUAAUGGCAUAAUGAAUAAUUUGGAUAAAUGAAAUUAUCUCAAAAUAAUGAAGUGAUAGAAAAGAAAUUAGAAUAGUUUAAUUAAAAAUUAAUGGAUGAUAUAGAUAAUUCAGAUUAUAUUUAAACAAAAAUGCCUGAAGUAACCUAAGAUAUAUUUGUAAGGAUAUUUUGGCCUAAAAUAUUAAAUACUAUAAAAUCUAAGUGUCCAAUAUCAAAAUGUUUUGAUCCUAUUUAUGUUUGGUCAGAAAUUUGUACAAAAAUCAAAGGUCAUGAAACAUCUCAUGAAUAUCCAGAUAGAUAUAUGAAUUAUGAUAAUUACUAUUAUAUGUAAGGUUUACCUGAAGAUUAAUGUAGCUUUGUUUAUGAAGCAUUUUAAAUUUAUGAAUAAAAUAAAUAUUAAUUAGGAUAUUAUGAUUUAUUGGAUUUAGUGAAUCAUAUAAAUUAUGAAUUAGCAUAUGGUAAUGAUGUAAUUGAAAAUGUUCAUUAUUUAUUAUUAGAUGAAUUAUAAGAUGUUCCUAAGGCUGUUUUAAUAUUAUUAGAUUAAUUAACAGAACUUGGUUUAUUUUGUUGUGGUGAUAAUGCUUAAAACAUAGCAAAAGGAAUUAGUUAUAAAUUUUUUGAAGUUUAAAAUUGUUUAUUGUCUUUUAGAAAUAGUAAGAAAAAAAUGCAUAGAAAUCUUAAAAUAUUUGAUUUGAGUGUAAACUUUAGAUCUCAUAAUAAAAUUUUAUAAUUAGCUAAUUCUGUAAUAAGAAUGAUUGAAAUAUUUUUUCCAUAUAAAAUUGAUAAAUUAAAAAAGGAAACAUCAAAUUUAAAAGGUCCAAAACCAGUUGUAAUAAAAAGUGAUAAUGUAAAACAUUUAUUAAAUAAUCUAUGUGAUUUCUUUUCAAAUGAUAAACAAAUUGUAGAAUUUGGUUGUAAUUAAGUCAUAAUUGUAAAAGAUUAAGAUUCUAAAAGUAAAUUACCUAUUGAAUUGUAAAAUAUUUUAUGUUUAACUAUUUAUGAAGCAAAAGGUUUAGAAUUUGAUGAUGUGAUUUUAUUUAAUUUCUUCCAUGAUUCAACUGCAUCUAUAAAAGAAUGGGAAUCAUUAAAUGAUUUAGAACCUUAGGUAGAGUAUUUAAAAAAAAUAGAUUAUGAAAAAUAUAUAACAAGUAUUAAUAAAUAUUAAUUAUUAGAUCAUUAGACAGAAGUAAUAGCUUCAAGUAAAUAGAAGAAUAAUGAAUUAGUAGAAGUUUGGUAAUUGAAAAUGAAAAAUAUGAAAGAAUGUUAAGAAAUAUCUAUAGAUUUAUGUUAAGAAUUAAAAUAACUUUAUGUAGCUAUAACAAGACCUAAAAAGAGAUUAAUAAUAUAUGAUUAAUCAUUAGAAAAGAGAAGAAUUAUACAAAAUAUUUGGAUAAAACUAAAUGCUGUUAAAAUUGCUGAUUGUCAAAUAUAACCAAAAGAUAUUAGAUUUUAAUUAUUAUUAUAAAAUAAUAAUAAAGAGAAUUGGAAACGAUAAGGUUUUAAAAUGUUUAGAAUGAAUAAUUAUUAUUAAGCAGCAAAAUGUUUUAAAUUUGCAGAAGAAAAAUAAUUAGAAUAGAAAUCUAUUGCUUAUAAUAUUGUUGUUAAUAAUGCUCAUAUAUCUAAUAGUCAUUAAUAAUUUUUAUAAGCAGCUAUUAUUUUUGAAGAAAUUGGUUUAUUACCAAGAGCUGCUUAAUGUUAUUUUACUGCUAAAUAAUUUUAAAAAGCAUAAGAAUUAUAUGAAAAAUUAGGAUAGAUUAAUGAAAUGGCUGAAUCAGCAUUUUUUGCUCAAAAUUAUUAAAAAGCAGCUUAAGGUUUUGAGAUUUUAGGUGAUAUAAGAAGAUCUAUAGAUUGUUAUUGUUUAUAAAAGGAUUGGGAUAAUGUUAUUAUAAUGUUAAAUAAAUAUAAAUAAGAAUUCAGUUAACAAGAAAGAUUAGCAUUUUUAAAUUAAUUCUUUCCUAAUUAUUUAUAAAAUUUAGCUUAAUAAAUUUAAGAUAAAGUUAUAGAAUAAAGUGAUUGCACUUAAGAAUUCUAAGCAAUUAAUUAAGAAGAUAAAUCAAUUUUAAACUAAUCAGAAAGUUUUAUCAUAUAGAAUUCAAUACUUAAUAAAUCUGAAGAGGAUUAUUAAGUAAUUAAUAAUUAAAUCAUUAAUUAAAGUAAUAAUGAAUCAAGUUUAGAGAUUUUAAAUAAUGAAGAAUAAUCAUAAUCAUUUUAAAUUGAGAAUGAGAGUUAAUAAAACAUGGAACAUUUAUCUAUUUUUGAUCCUGAAGAUGAAUGGUUGAAAUAUGAUUAAAAAUAAUUGAUUAAAUCAAUGUCAUCUAAAAUUAGUCAUCAAUCAGAAUUUUCUAAUAUUGUACUCCUUAAUUAACCACCUUAAAUUACACUAUUAACUUCUAAAAAUAAUAUUUUCAUUUCCAAUAAGGUAUUAUAAGAAUUGAUUUAUAAAUUACAAUUAUUUUCUAAUGAAUUUAAAAAUCAUUUAGAUUAAUAAAAAUAUAAAUCAGUUUAAUUAUCUAAUAGAUAAGAUGAUGAAAAAGAGUUUGAUCACAUAAUAAAUUUUGUUUAUGAUUUAGAUAACAUUGAUAUUGAUUCAAUUUAUAUGAUUUUAGAUAUUUUGGAGUAAUUUAAAAGUUAUAAAUUGUGCAUCUAUUUAUGUAAUCAUUUUAAAUUAGCUACAUAUCUAGGAAGAUAUUUAGUUUCUUUAAUGUCCACUUAUUCUACAUUAAAUAAAACUAAAUCUUAAGUUAAUAUUCAAAUGAUUACAUUUGGAUCUAUAAGAAGGAAUCUAUUGGAAUAAUCAGCUAUAUCUUAAAUUGCAAUUAAUAAUAUACUAGAAACUAUUAAUCCAACAUUCUUAACAUUUAAAAAUGAAGAAGAAUUAAGUCUUAAUAAUAGUUUAGGAUUGAGUUGCUAUUAACAAUUAAUAGGAUUAGGUUUUUGGAAGUCAUUUAUAUACUAAUUAAACUUUAAACAUUCAAUAGAUUUGUGUAUGUCUUUUAAUAACUAUUCAGAUGCAAUUGAAAUAUUUAAAAAAGUUUAAUUAAAUAAAAAAUAUGAAUUAUCAGAACAAGAGAAAUUCAAAUUGAUGAAAAUUAAAUAUUAUUAAUAAAUUAAGUUAAUACAAGGUUAACAGGAAAGGGCAUCAGAUUUUGCUAAAGAACUUGAUGAUAUAUUUUAAAUUACAAAGAAUUAUUAUAUGAAUAAAAAACAAGAAUUAGAAGAAAAGGAUCUUAAUUAAUUAAUUAUUAAUGCUAAUAUUCAUAAGAAAAAUCUGAAUUUUAAUCAAAAACUUAAAUAAAUAGAAGCUGUAAUAUUAAGUUUUGAUAUUCUUAAAUUGAGAUUUGAAUGCUCAUAUGAAAUAUUUAUUGGAUUGUUUGAAAUAGUUGAAUAUUUUCAUAAUUAAUUAAUUACAUUUCAAAAUUAAGAGGACAUCAAAGAAGCUUUAUUAAUUUGUUAUGGUUUUUCAAUUCCUUAAGGAGAUAUAAUGACUCAUUAUUCUCACUCUUUAUUUUUACAUAUUUCAUCUAAAAUUGUUAAAUAAGCAGUGAAAGAUUAACAAAAUAAAGAUGAUAUUUAGAAAUCGAAUAGUUCUUUAAUGUUUGUUGAUAUUGGAUAUGAAUAUAUUUCAAUUCACUUUGAACAAGCUAUAGAAUUAAUUAAAAAUUCAUUUUCUUAAAAGAUUUUGAUGAUUUUAAAUAAUAAAUCUAAAAAAUCAAUGGAUUAUUAUUAAGUUAAUGAUGAUGAUUCUUUUUCUGUUAAUUCUUAAGAAGAUUGGGAAGAUACAUUAGCAGAAUUAUUAGUAUUUUUAAUGCUUGAGUAAUCUAAUAAAAAGUUUUAAUGUAAGAUUAUUUAGAAAAAAGAGGAAUAAAAAAAAUUACAUCCACUAUCAAUUUAUUAUUCUAAAUAAACUGAAUUAUAGGAAUAUUCAAUUGUUGAUUCUGAACCAUCCUAAAUCUUAUAACUUAUAUAAAGAAUAAUUUUGAAAAAUAAUUUAAGAAUUACUAACACUCCUAAUUAUAUUAAAAAAUUGAUUCGUGAUAUAUCCUUGAAUUAUAUAAUUCAAAUUAAAAAUUAGUAAGAUAAUUCUCAUUCAAAAAUGAUAUUGGCUAUUAAUUUAUUAAAUUUGACUGAUUAAUUAUCUUAUGCUGUAUUAAUUCUUUAAAAUUCAAAAAAAGGGAAUGUACCAUACCUUAAAUAUAUUGAAUUUCUUGAAUGUUAACAUUUUGGUAUUGUUGAGGAUGUCAUAGGAUGCUUUUUAGAUUAUAGUUAAUUUGUAAAUGACAAGUUUUAUUUAGAUGAAUAAUUAUAUCAUGUAAUUAGAAUUGGUUUAAAUAUUCUUAUAUCAUUAUUGUGUAAUAGUUAAGAGAAAUUAACAAUAUCUAAAGGUUAUAAAGAAUAUUUAAAUAAUAUUGAGAAUGUUGAUGAAAACAAUUGCAAAUUAGAGACUGGUAUAUUUUAAUUAACUAAUUAAUAAUUAAUAGAAGAGUAUUUAUAAUUUUUAUUUGAAUUUUACUAAUAUUGUUGUUCAUAGUAUUACUAAGAUUAAAUAUAAUAAUUUUUAAUGAUUUUUGCAAUAAAUCUAUUAAAUAUUCAAUAAGUAAAAACAAUAAAGAGUCUUAUAGAAUACAUAAAAGAUAAUUAAAAAUUAAAAAAUUUGUAAAGGUUACAAGAUUAUUUAAUUAAAGAAAUUUCAAAGAAUAAAUAGGAAAUUUAAAAAAAAAGAUUUAUAAUAAUUACUCUUACAAGCUAUUUAGAUGAAGAUAUUAUUGAAGUGAAGAUAUUAAAUACAAAAUCAGAUUAAUAAUUAGAUGAAUGUUAUGAUAAAUGUAUCUAAGUUUGGAGUGUUUAUUAAAGUGAAACAGAUAGUAAAAUAAAUUGUAUGAGAGAUUUGAUUAAGAAGUGGAAAGGGUUCAGAUAAAAUCAUAAAAUAUAUUUGACUGAAUAAAUAAAGAGGAAUUUACAAUUCAUAAGAAGUUUAGAAUACUUUAAAAUAGGAGAUUGUUAAAAUUUAAGAGAUUUAAAUAGAUAUAUGAGAUAAAAUAUAAAUAAUUUUAAUGAGUAUUUACAAUUAAGUGUAACAUUAUAGAGGUAAUAAAUAUGUAUAUAUAUUUAUAGAUAAUUAUUAAAGGCAAGGUAAAACUUUGUUAAUUCACUUGAUAUUCAUUUAAUAAAUUCUUUAUUGAAUGAUUUGGGAGAAUAGAUGAAAUUAUUGUUAAAGGGAAAUGAUAUUUAUAAAAAGGUGAAAUAAUUGGAAAUGGAUCUUAAAAUGUGGGAAAAGAAUGAUGAAGAGAGAUAGACUAAUGAAAAAAUGUUAGAAUUAAAUAAGUAAUUGAUUAUAGAAAAGUGGAAACAUUUAAAAGCUGGAAUUAAAAUAAAUUCAAACAAAUUAAAUUAACAAUUAAAUUCAAGAGGUUAAAAGGAUUAAUUGACAACAAUAUAGGAAGUUGUAGAGGAAGGUUGAU